UGCAAAAAGGGCCCUUAUGUAUAUUGACGUCAUAAUGAGAAAAACGCUGGUAAAGAUAACGUCAUUAUUUGCAAGUUGCGUCUGUUACUUAUGUUUGCAAUGCUGUCAAUAUAACGUGAUUGUGUUUAUAUAAAUCACCUGGAACGAUGCCGACAUGUACCUGGAAUUAACAAGAGGAAAACAUGGACUUUUUAGAGAUUAUUGACGAGUGGCAUAGGGAAUAUUUUCCUCCUUCACAAAGUGUUGAAUCAUCUGAUGAAAAUACAGACGAUAGUGAUAUUUCAACUGCAUCAGAAAAUGAAUCCAACGAAAAUAUUUUAGAACAAAGAAUUCAACUUGUGCAUCCUGAUAAUGAUCAGAAUAAAAACCUAAAUUCAGAGGAGGAGGACUGGGAGAAUAACAAUCUUGACUUAACAAUUCGUGAAAAGAUAAUCAAAGGCUGCUCCUGCAGAAUGGAUUGCAUAUCAAAUAUUAGUUUUGAAGAAAUCAGUCACCAUAUUUAUUCCAUGAGAGAACUUUCCAAGGAAGAGAAGGAUAUGUACAUUAUGGGAAAGCUAAAAAGUAAAAGUUCUGGUGGCGGAUCUUCAAGACGCGAUGCCAAACGACAGAGAUACGAAUACAAUUUUGAUGACCGGGAAGUAUGUAAAGAUGUGUUUUUAUUUUUACAUGACAUUGGUGAAAAACAUUUUAAAAAUCUUGUGAAGCAUAUGAAGACCCAUGGAAUAAAACCACGGACACAUGGAAACAUCGGGAAAAAACCACACAAUGCCCUGUCCUUUGAAGAAAUUAAAUUUGUCGUGCAGUUUAUCAAUCGAUAUUCUGAAGAUAAUGGACUUCCUAUGCCAGCUGCUCCAAGAGGUCGCGACUCCGAACCACCCAUUUUUCUACCUUGUUCAACACCAAAGAACGAAAUUCAUCAGUUAUAUGUUGAAGCUUGUCAUGAGGUCCAAAUUCGUGCUGUUAAAUUGUCCUCAUUCUAUUCCAUCUGGUCUGCCUGCCUUCCUAACAUUCAGAUUGCCAACACCAGAUCUGAUGUAUGCAAUACCUGUGAGCGCCACAGAGAGCACAUUUUGAAUGCAAGAUCUGAAAAUGAAAAGCUUACAGCAACAAGAAAUUUUACAGAUCACAUUGAAAAAGCAGAGAGGGAGCAUCACCUCUACAUUCAGUGCAUUAAAGAAGCCAGGGAAGAACAUCAGUCUAUUCAGCUUCCUGAGCCACCUGUUAGACCCUGUUCCACAGAUUUCCUCAAAACUCACUACACUUUUGACUUCGCGCAAUGUGUGUCUGUACCUCAUCAUUCCAGACAAGUAGGGCCAUUAUUCUUUGAGACACCACGGAAAAUUCAGAUCUUUGGAAUUUGUAUGGAGGGAGCGGGAUCUCAGCGAAAUUAUUUGAUUGAUGAAGACCAGACCAUUGGAAGAGAUGGAAAGAAUGCCCAUGGGCCAAAUACAGUCAUCAGCAUACUUCAUCACCAUUUUCAAAAUUAUAGCAUGGGAGAGAAAUGUGCUGUUCUUCACUGUGAUAACUGUCCAGGUCAAAACAAAAACCGGUAUGUGAUUGGAUAUUUGCUAUGGCGGGUCAUUAUUGGGCUACAUCGAGCAAUUGAACUUCACAUGCAGAUACCAGGGCAUACAAAAUGUCAAGUGGAUGCAGGCUUUGCUCAGAUCAAAAAGAAGUACAGGAGAUCAGAUUGUGACACUCUACAGCAUGUUGCUGACGUAGUCUCCAAGUCCUCCAAAAGUAACGAGGCUGUGAUAAUAGAGGGUGGAAAUGUGAAAUACUAUGAAUGGAAAGAGUAUAUAAAAACAACUUUUCAGCCUUUGAAAGGGAUACGCAAGUUUCAUUACUUCACUUUUUCAGCACUGCUGCCUGGAGUUGUAUUAUGCAGCGUUGAUGUAGAUGGCGACAAGGUCCCAGUAAUCCUCAGUAAUCACGACCAAAUCAGUGUAAAUCUACCACCAGAGAUAAUGCCGGGCGGACUCAGUAGAGAACGACAGAAAUAUUUAUACAAACAUAUCAGACCUCAUGUCCGGGAAUGUUUCAGGGACACAACAUGUCCAGAAUUUCAUGAAGAAUAAGUGAAAGUUUCAAUUGUUUCCGACAAUGAUUAACGUCAUUUCAACGUCAUUUUGUGUAACGUCAUUGAAAUAUUAUCUUAACCUUUGACAGCCUAUAUCUCAGUAAAUAUGCUGAAUAUUUGACCCAAACUUCACAUGUGUCUUUUUAAUGUUGUUUUCUAUCAUAUUCCAUUAAAAAGUUAAUUUUGAUAAUUUUU